AUGGAGGGCGGAGUCGACAUGGACGAGAGGGUCGAGACUCGAACAGCCGCGGAGAGGCAAGAGUCUGGCGCAGAAGACGAGCACGAAGAGGAGAACAAGUUCCAAAAGGCUAUUGGCGCGUGGCGCAACAUCGAUCUCACCACGCUCAUCCCGCAACUCGAUACGGUAGCCUCGGAUCUCGUCGCGCAUCAAAGAGACACGCUCACGCAAAGAAAAGAUCUCGCGCAGAAGACCAAAGACUUCCGGAAACUCGACGAUGCCAGCAAGCUCAGCGACAUCAAAGGCCUCUUGAAGUCAUACCAAAACUUCAUUGAUCUUAUUUCAAACCAGUCCAAGACGGUGCAGGCCGCCUUCUUCCAAGUCUACUCGCCGCUCUCUGAAGCACCUGACCCGUAUCCGCUCCUCGAAGCCUCCGUCGACUCGCUUGUCACUUCGGAAGAGCUUGUGCCCAAACUCACGUCCGAAAACGAGCGCCUGCAGAAGACGGUGGCGAGUCUUACUACACAACUUGACGAGUCGGACAAGAACUUGGAGCAGGAGCGUGCAGCGAGGAAGGCCCUCGAGGACAGCCGGGACAGCAAGAUCAAGGAUGUGGAGGCAUCAUGGUCGGCUGUCCUGAAUGAGAAGCAAGACAACUGGGAAUCCAAGGAGAAGAGCCUAGAAGAGAAGGUCGAGAACCAGGAUCGACUACUAAAGGAACUCAAGGCCAGUUACGAAGUCUCACAGCGACUUGGCCAGGGAGAGGCCACCGACGAACAAGGCAGCCGGGGCGCCACUGCUGCCGAGCUUGACAUCGUCAGCUCAGAGCUCGAGCGAACAAGCCAUCGAUUGGCCGAAAUCACGGCACGAAACGAGCAGUUACGCCUCGAACUGGCCCAGUCUGCGUCCGCACCAGCGCAGCAGCUUGCUGCUGAAGAUGACCCUGCUUUCCUGCGACUCCGUUCCGAGAACUCUUCACUCAGGCGAAAGCUUGAGAAUGCCCGGUUUGAAAAAGACUCCGACCGAACACGGCUCGAAACUGAGACGAGAAGCCUGGAACGUGAGAUCAAGUCACUCAAGAGUGAGAAGGAAGCUCUUCGCGAGAAGGUACUCAAGUGGAGCGAUUACGAGAAUGUGAAGCAGGAACUAGAAGUGUUGAAGUCGAUUGAGUUCGCGACAGGCGAUGAUGACGACGAAGCCACCGAGGUCGCACUCUCACAAAACAAUGCGUCUAGCAAAGGCAAAGGCGAAACACUCGAACAGCUGCUACUUGCUCGCAACAAGAAACUCAGCAACGAACUUACAGUAAUGCGAGUCUCACACCAGGAUCUGCAGACCAGACUUGAAGCUUUGCAAGAAGAACUCUCCAACACAAACAUGGACUUGGAAAAGUCACGACAACUCAACGAAACACUGGAAGCCGAUCUUGAGAAAGUCCAGCAAGAAGCGACCAAUGCCUUUGACCCAUCUGGCAUGUCAGUCGCAGGAACUUACGUAUCGCGUUAUCCACAAUCUUCCUUUGCUGGGGGCCGAAGAGGCCGCUCAUCACCCACUUCGUCCAUCAUCUCUGGCUUCGACAACUCGUCGCAAGCCCCAACAUUAGCGUCUCUGCGCGCUGGAGGCGGUGGUGUCGAGCCCAUGGGAGGCGGUUCUGGUAUCCUCCCGAUGAUUACCGCCCAACGCGACCGCUUCAAGAAGCGCAACUCUGAGCUCGAGGCUGAGCUUCAAAAGUCCUACCAAACAGUUUCAUCAUUGCGAAGUGAGAUUGGCGCGCUACAGAAGGACAACCUGGACUUGUAUGAGAAGACGAGGUAUGUGAGCAGUUACAACGCGGUCAACCGAGGGCCAGCAUCCAGCGCCUCGAGUUACGCUACCAACCCUAAUCCCUCGGCCAUCAACAUGGGCGACGGUGGAGGUUCAACGGUCGAUACCAAGUACCGAUCAGCCUAUGAAUCUAACCUCAGUCCCUUCGCCGCGUUCCGAGGUCGCGAAAGCGCAAGGGCUAUGAAGCGCAUGCAUCUCUUCGAACGCAUGAUCCUGCGGGUCACCAAGUUCGUACUCCAAACACGAACAAGUCGCAACAUCUUUGCGGGGUACUUACUGGCGUUGCAUUUCAUGGUGUUCUAUUUCUUGUUUAGUUACGAGGUGAGUACAGGCGCAGCGGUCGUUGUUGGACCAAGCGUACCUGGAGGGCCUGUUCCUGGGCCGGAAGAUGCGGCGGCGUGGCAUAACGAAGACGAAGGAACGUCGUAA